GUUCUGAUAUUUCCAUUCAUACCAGUCAUCAUUUCUCCAAUUUUCAAUUCUCUGCAUCAAGUCAAGCGGGUUCUUGCAUUUUUUUUCUUAAAUCGAUCUCUUUUUGUUUUUAAUAUUAGCCUUCCUUGUGUUCUUUUCCUUCGUCUUAUUUUCUACUCAAUCAGGACUACCGGGCUGGACUUGGAUCUGAUAUUCAAAGAUUUUCUCGUCUCAACACAUUUUUAUGACAAGAGAGGUUCGGGGCAACAUCAUUUCACCUUCUUUCACCUUUACACUCAUUGCUCAUCCCGCUUGUGAGCCAUCCCGACUCCAGUCACUUGAGUUGACUCAUUGAAAAAGAUACCAGAGUUCUUUGAUCAAAAACAAAAAGAAAGAUAAACUCGACGCCAUGUCUUCUUUCUUUUCAAUCUUUUACACCUUACUAUUAAUCACAACGACUGUUCUUGCCGCGCCCACAACACAACAACCAACGCUCAGGCGCAGGUCCUUUGAGAUCCCUCGAAUCCGUCGCGCUAAUUAUGUCCCUCAUGGGCCUGCAGCGCUGAAAAAAGCAUACGGCAAAUUCAACAUUACCGCGGCACACCUUGGCUUUGCACCUCUCGAUUUUCAAGCGGUCAAACAGACUGAUGCUGGUGCUGCGAAUGCGGCAAACUCAACAGGCACAGGUGAAAAUGGAGCUGUUCCUGCUGUCGCGACUACCGGUGACACUGAAUUCGUGGCUGCUGUGACUGUCGGGGGUCAGACUAUGAACAUGGAUUUCGAUACUGGCUCGUCUGAUUUGUAAGUUUAUGCGAGUCGAAGAGAAAAGAAAAGCCGGUGCGCUAACACGAUACUAUAGGUGGGUAUUCAGCACAAGCUUAGCUGCAAAGAAUCAACAGGGCCAUACUGUCUUUGAUCCUAAAAAAUCAAAAACAUUCAAGGACCUCAAGGGUGCAAGCUUUAGCAUCUCUUACGGUGACGGAUCUAAUGCAGCGGGCACCGUGGGUACUGACACCGUUGACAUCGGAGGCGCUACAGUCCAGAACCAAGCCGUCGAACUCGCCAACCAAGUCUCUCAAUCAUUCGUACAAGACACUAAUUCUAAUGGUCUUGUGGGUCUUGCAUUCUCGAAGCUGAACACUGUUAAACCAAAUCAGCAGAAGACUUUCUUUGACAACAUCGCUUCCCAACUCGAAGAACCGGUCAUGACCGCUUCACUCAAAUCCAACAGCAACGCUGGAAGCUAUCAGUUUGGAGUGAUCGACAACACCAAAUUCACAGGUAGCCUCGCCAAUGUCAGUAUCGAUCCCACCAACGGAUUCUGGGAGUUCAACUCGGCUGCCUUCAUGGUUGGCGAUAAUGCCACAAUGCAGGCUAUCACCACCUCUCCCACUGCUAUCGCUGAUACCGGUACCACCUUGAUGUUGGUCAGCCCUGAGGUUGCUGAUGCAUACUAUGCGCAAGUCCAAGGUGCCCAGCUUAACAAUCAAGUGGGCGGUUUCAUCUUCCCCUGCGAUGCUACUUUGCCUACCCUCUCCAUUGCCGUGGGCGACAACAACCUCGCAACCGUACCAGCGUCCGUUAUCAACUUCUCCAAAGUCUCAAACACCAUGUGCUUUGGUGGUAUUCAGUCGAACCAAGGUAGCCAGUUCCAGAUUUUCGGCGACGUGUUCUUGAAAUCAAUGUUUGUCGUCUUCGACCAACGAGGCCCAUCUCUUGGUCUUGCCAGCCCUGCUUAAUUGCAUGAUCAUAUAACCCGAAGCGCGAAACCCCUUGGAAGUUGAAUCAUUAGAGCUGUUUAAAUACGAGCUUAUCCACAUUCAUCGUUGGACUCGAGAAGGCCAUUUCUGAUUAUAGCCACUUGUCUCUGAGACUAUCUGUGUAUCUAUGUUGAUGAUCAAGGAUUCUUCUGAAUAGAAUGAAAGAGAUGUUGACUGG